GAGGAAGAUCUAGAUGAAGUGGAAGGUUACUUGACCGAUGAUCAGGAGGACUUAUAUACCAACCCAUGGAUCGACGAGCAGAGCCCGGCAGCAUAUUUGACGACGAUCGAAGAAGUUCCGACACCCGAAGAAACCGAACAACCCAUACAACCUCUGGAAGGAGUAAUAGAAGAAUUAGUAAAUGCCAAAGUCAUCGAUGACGACCAACGAAAGCAGGCUAUUCACUUACUAGAAGAAAAUAAGGAAGCCUUCGCCGAUGGAUUAGAUCAACUGGGACAGACUGACGAA